AUGGCGGCGGCGUCGUCUUCCAAGCCCGGCGCCGGGCGCAGCAGAAAGUUUGAUGAUCCAUCGCUAGAUGAUAUCAUUUUGAUAGACCAACUCAAAUCUGAACGAUGGGCUGAGGGCCUUGCCAUCAGGCCCAACGGUCACGCCCUGGCGACCAUGCUCGAGCACUCGGAGCUGUACUUGGUCGACCUCAACUUCUCAACCGCCAUUGCGUACGAAGAGAAUGGGCCCGCGGCCCCAAAGCUCAUCCAGACGUUCCCCGACUGCAACGCGACCUACAACAUCCGCCCGCUGAUCGGUACCGAACACGAGGAGUAUGCCGUGCUUACCGGCCACUCCGACACAUCUCUCGGCAAGUUCGAAAAGAUACGUCUCUGGCACCUUUCAUUCGGUCCCAGUGGGACAGACACGGCACCUACGAUUAGUAAAAUAGCCGAUCUGCCCGACGCCCUGUUCGGGUUUGGCAUGGCCAUCCUGACCGAAGAUGCAAUCGCUGUCGUUGACCCAGUAAAGCAUUGCGUCUGGCGUGUGCGCAUUUCCACUGGCGAGGUGAACAUGCUCCUUGAUGAUCCCCCCACCAUGGCUCCCUCCUCCAAGGACGAAGCGUUUGGAGUCAACCGACUCCAGGUCGCGGCGGGUUACUUAUGGUACGGCAACUUCAGCACCGGGGUGUUGAGCCGCGCCCCGUUCGAGUAUACUGAGGAUGGGCGAGACGUGCGAGUGACUGGCCCUGCCAAGCCCGUCGCUGAAGGGUGUGUACACUGCGACGGAAUCGCCGUGCGGAACGACGGAGCGGCCUGUUACGUUGUUAGCUUCACUGAAGGCUGUCUAUGGCGGGUGGACGUUGAUUCGGAAACAGGCAAGGGCUUACCUGUAGUCAUGUUUGAGGACCUCAUCUCACCAACAGUCAUAGAGCUGAUGUACUAUCCAUUCGACGAGAAACCCACUCUCUAUAUUGUCUGCUGCGGUGCUUGGAAUCCUGAAGAUCUGGAUGGUGAGCGUGGGGGAUAUCUCACGCUUGCCAAUGUGGACAAGUCAAAGAUGCAGAUUCAUGUCACCGUCGAGCUGACUGUAAGCUAUGAGGAUGUGUAA